GGUGCAUGAGUUCGGUGCAUGAUGAUUUACCCCUCCCACUUCCCGCAUCUCAACAAAAAGCCCUCAGCUGCGGGAGGCGUCUCUCUCUCUACUAGACCACAGCUUUGUCUGCAGCUGCUGCUUCUCUCCCCUGCCUGUUAUUUUACAGAAAAGUAAACCAAAAUGGCAAUGACGCUAGCUUACUGGGACAUUCGCGGGCUUGCCCAGCCCAUUCGCCUCCUGCUGGAGUACACCGGCACCAAGUAUGAGGACAAGUUUUAUGUCUGCGGAGAAGCUCCUAACUUUGACAAAAGCUGCUGGUUUGAUGAAAAAGAUAAACUUGGAAUGGACUUCCCCAAUCUGCCCUACCUGGUGGAUGGAAGCAGGAAGAUUGUGCAGAGCAAUGCUAUCAUGAGAUACAUUGCUCGUAAGCAUAACAUGUGUGGAGACACUGAGGACGAAAAGGUCCGAGUGGACAUCCUAGAGAACCAGUCCAUGGACUUCAGAAACGGCUUUGUGAUGAUGUGCUACACUGAUUUUGAUAAGAUAAAGCCGGACUACCUUAAGAAACUACCAGGUGUGCUGAAGCAGUUCUCUGGCUUCUUGGGAGACAGGAAGUGGUUUGCUGGUGACAAGAUCACCUUUGUGGACUUCAUCAUGUAUGAGCUGUUGGAUCAGCACAGGAUGUUCCAUCCUACAUGCCUAAAUGACUUCAAGAACCUGAAAGACUUCUUGGAUCGUUUUGAGGCUUUGGACAACAUUGCCGCCUACAUGAAGUCGGACAGAUUUAUGAAGACUCCUGUCAACAACAAGAUGGCCAAAUGGGGGAACAAGAAGGAGUGAAGAACUGCCUUUUAAAAUCUAAAAGCAUUUUACAUCAGCUAGAAGUUUUCUUCAGUCUUUUCUUAAAACUGUUGUAGGCUCCAUGCUUUGAUCACUAGUAUAACAUGUUCACAAGCUUCGCCUAAAACAUCUUCUUGCUUGUUUAAACAGGAAAAAAGACAACUUUGUAUGAAUAAUUAGGACUUUUUAUUUCAGUAAAAGCUUUUUGUAACAAAGUUUUUGCAAAGAUUAAACAAAUCUUGUGAGUUUCUUUGA